CACUUCCUGGUGUUUCAAACGGACGCAGAGCGGCUGAGUGAACCGGAGAGAGGCUGUCUGUCACCGGAGAGAGGCUGUGUGGACCGGGGAGAGGCUGAGUGGACCGGGGAGAGGCUGAGUGGACCGGAGAGAGGCUCCGUUAACCGGGGAGGAGAUGAACCCAGCAGGGCGGCAGGACUGCUAGCGGCUAGCUGUUAGCUGUUAGCUGUUAGCUGCUAGCUGCUACUGCUACUGAGUUAGCUUAGCAUCGAGCCUGCGUGAAGCUGAGACAGACAGAGGACCGACAUGGGGGACAAGGACAAAGUCCAGAUGAGGGUCCACCCGAGAAGACAGCUGAAGAAGCUGAGUGAGGACAGUCUCACCAAGCAGCCAGAGGAAGUCUUCGACGUCCUGGAGAAGUUGGGUGAAGGGUCGUAUGGUUGUGUGUUUAAAGCCCAUUAUAAAGAGACGGGUGAGAUCGUGGCCAUCAAACAGGUUCCUGUGGAGUCGGACCUUCAGGAGAUCAUCAAGGAGAUCUCCAUCAUGCAGCAGUGUAACAGUCCUCAUGUGGUCCGAUACUACGGCAGCUACUUCAAGAACAGUGACCUGUGGAUCGUUAUGGAGUACUGUGGAGCCGGGUCGGUGUCUGAUAUCAUCCGGAUACGCAACAAGACGAUAACAGAGGAGGAGAUCGCCGCCAUCCUUCAGUCCACUCUGAAGGGUCUGGAGUAUCUUCACUUCAUGAGGAAAAUCCACAGAGACAUCAAAGCUGGAAACAUCCUGCUGAACGCUGAAGGUCAGGCCAAGCUGGCCGACUUCGGAGUGGCCGGACAACUCACAGACACCAUGGCCAAGAGGAACACGGUCAUCGGCACGCCGUUCUGGAUGGCUCCAGAGGUCAUUCAGGAGAUCGGGUACAACUGUGUGGCCGACAUCUGGUCUCUGGGGAUAACGGCCAUAGAGAUGGCUGAGGGGAAGCCGCCCUACGCAGACAUCCAUCCCAUGAGGGCCAUCUUCAUGAUUCCCACCAACCCUCCACCAACGUUCAGGAACCCGGAUCUGUGGUCUGAGUCAUUCCAGGACUUUGUCAGCCAGUGUUUGGUGAAAAACCCAGAAAACAGGGCGACGGCCACACAGCUGUUACAGCAUCUGUUCAUCAAGUCGGCCAAGCCCAGCUCCAUCCUCAGAGCUCUGAUCACAGACGCCAUGGAGAUCAAACUGAAGAAACAAGAGGAGGAGGAGCAGAGAGAGCAGGACGCAGAAGAUGAAGACAACUCGGAUGAAGACGAGGUGGACCAGGGCACCAUGGUGCGGGCGGGAACCGGCGACUCCGGAACCAUCCGGGCCGCCGGCUCGUUGGCGGGUUCCCUCAGUGGAACGGCUCGGACCAUGAUCUCACACGACGACGACGACGACGAGAUCGACACGGGAACCAUGCAGUUACAUCUGGGAACCAUGGUCAUCAACUCUGAUGACGAGGAGGAGGAGGAGGCUGGAACUAUGAAAAGGAGAGACGAGACGAUGCAGCCGGCCAAGCCGUCCUUCCUCGAGUACUUUGAGCAGAAAGAGAAGGAGGCGAACAGCCACAAGGACGGAGGAGGACGAGGAGAAAACCACGCAGACCACCGCAAAGCCACCGCCGAGGGAGACCUCCAAGUGGUGAGCUCGUGGUCGGUGGAGGAGCUCCGCCUCCGUCUGGCCUCUCUGGACCCUCAGAUGGAGCAGGAGAUCGAGGAGAUCCGGCAGCGCUACCAGACCAAGAGGCAGCCCAUCCUCGACGCCAUCGAGGCCAAGAAACGCCGGCAGCAGAACUUCUGAGGAGAAACCAGAUGUUUCACCUCUGCUCCAUCAGCAGGACGUCCAGAAGACUUCUGAAGACCAACCCGCUGGAGGAGAACCUCCAGAGACUGUUUGACAGAAGACCUCUGUGUUUCUGGAUUUAAAGGUUUAAUAACGACAUUUAAGAAAGUUUGAUUUUAAAUCCACCAGCAGCUGAUCUGGACUCGAGAGGUGAUCUCUCUAUUCAGCUUUGUUACACUUUUUUUUAAACAUCCAUGGCUGUUAGAAUCGGACUCCUAAAGUUUUACACAUUUGCCUUUUCUUUUCUUAAUGGUGUGGUACGACGUCAUCCACCUGCUGACGGCUCCACGCAGGUUCUGCUGUUUCCUCUCUGGACUGAACGUCUAGAAACCGGCUGGAAAAGUUUAUAAAAUAUAAAAGAAAACAUCAGAAAAUGUUCCAGGAAGUGACGGAAAAUAAGGAUAAAGAAUCUCAUGAUGAAUCAUCUAAACUUAAAACUUAAUUAUGAAAACUAGAUUUCUUUACUCGGUACAUGUUCCUUUGUUCUUUUUAACAUUCAGCCAUCGUUAAACUUCAUAAUUCAUCAUGUUUUAAUUUCUACUUCUGCUGCCUAAAUAGAAACGCUCACGUUCUGCUUCACGGAGACAAACAGCAGAAAGAUUCUCUCUGAAGUCUGGAGUUAUUUUUAUGUUUUAUGUUAACAGUCAUCAGUUCCACUUCAUGAAGAUUUAAAACACUGACUACGUUCACAUGCUCCAAAUAUUCCUCAAGAGAUAAUGUUUACAUGGCUGAUGAAAAAUGAAUAUUUCUAUAAUAUUCCUGUUUACAUGCAGCCGAACGUUCAACCGUUAAAUAAAAAGGAAAACACAGUCUUACUCUUCACUUUAUUCAAACUCCUUAAAAGAUGAGAAAUGUAUUAAUAUCCAAACUAAUAAUAAUCAGAUUUCAGUUCUUUGUUUAGAGGAAUAUUUCUCCUUUUCUCUGUUUGUGUUCAAACAGAAAACAGACUUUGUGUUUUAAGCCGACGUUAAAAUAGAGACUGAUAUAGUUUUAAUAAAUGAGCACAGGAUGAUCCUAAAACCUGAAUAUCAACAUAUCACACGUUUAAUCUGAAAUAUUACAUUCAGAACAUCCAAACGGAACAUAUGGAAUAUUAGUGAGCAUGUAAACAAAGUCAGUGUUUGUUUGGAGAAGAUCAGUUUUUACUUUUAUCGCCCCGUUUAUUAUUCUAUAAGCAGUAAAUAUUCAUUGAAUUGGUUUUUAAAUCCCUAUAAUGUCGUUGUAAACUGAUACGUGUUCAUUAAUCUACAGUAUCAAUACUUAUAACUCCUGUUAUGAAGACAUAUUUGACUUUAUUACAGCUGUAUUAUCAUUUAUUAUCUGUUCAUAAAGCAGCCUCCUCGUGUUCUAGAUGACAGACGCAUUAAUAAUCAGUUAUACAACGACAUCAUAGAGUUAUUAAACAUUAAUGAAAUGUUUAAAGUGUUCUUAUCGUUCCGGGUUCACUUCAUUUAAAGGGAAACGAGUGAAACAUUUCAUCUGCAUCAUAAACAUGUUCAUCUUCAGUUUUACAUUGCUCAUAAAGGGAAUUUAAUGAGAUGGAGACUUUAACAUGUUUUCUUCUUAGAAUAGCAUUUUAUUUUUUUAUUUCAGAGUCAGCGCCUUAUUUUCUUAUUCAGAAAGCUAAAAAAAAACAAAGACCUGGGUCGACAGAGUUAUGAAAUCUUCUAUGUUCUGGAUUCCUGAGUCUGAUAUGUAUAUAUAUAUAUAUGUAUGUAUGUAUCCGCUCUGACUCUUCUAACAUUCGUCUCCUCAUCGGCACAGAAACGGUUUAUUUUUCUACGUAGGUUUAUGAAACAGAAUCAUCUUCUCAGGUGAUGGAACUCCUCAGGGUGAUAAAGAGAGCAGCAGUUCAUGACUGUAGAUACUUUGAUAUUAAUAAUCUGUCUGUAAAUAUACGAGCACCGCGGGCUGGAUUUGUAUAUUCUGAUCGCUGUUGACGAGACGCUUUUCAUUAAGUUAUAUUAAAAUAUUCAGCAGUUAUUAAGAAAUCAAGAUGCUGUUAAAAGGUUCUUCUGUAAGAAAACGACUCAGGAGCACAAUUCAUUUUUCAUGUUUUCUUCUGUGUUACAAACAAAACAAAAGCCUUUUUAUUAUUUACGGUGUGUUUUCUGAACCGUGAUCUCAUACGAGAGGAUAUUAGAGAGAAAAAGGGAAAAUAUUAAAAAAUGAUGCAGCUCGAUUGUUAUAUGUUAUGAUGCAUGCAGUUCGGUUCUGGCAGAGAAACUAAGUCGUAAACACUGGAUAUUGAAAAGAAAUGAAACUGUUCAGAUGUUUUUUUUGUUUUUUUAGAUCUGCCUUUUUUGAACAAUCGUUUAAACUCUUUCUGUGAUUUUCUGAAAUGUUUUUAUUAAACAAACCGCUGCAGUUUAGAUUUGUUUAGAAUGAAAGAAGACGAUUAUUUAAACAUAAAACUUCUGAACAUGUUUAUUCUCAGUGAAAACAUGAACACAUCUGGAUUACAUGUUGUGUUUUAGUUACUUGUUCUUGUUCAGACUCGUUGAUUUAAAGAGUGAAUCAGUUAAAUGUCUAAAUCCUGCUGAAACAAACGGAUUCAUAUUUUCUCACCUGGUUUAUUUAUUCAUCUCCAGCAGCUCAAAUGUCUCUUUGUGCAGCUAUAUCCAGAUGUGUUAUAAUAACUCUGUGAAAGAAAUACAAACAUGACUUUAAAAUGUUCAAACAUCUGGAAACUUGAACAAAGAAAAGUGUAGAAAAAUACAUUUUACAGAUUUAAAAUGCAUCUUGGUUAUUCAGAUGAAUCAAAGAGAAAAGUUUUCUUUUAUUUGAACAGUUUUCUGUUUUUCUACUUUCUUCUGUUUGACUUUUUUUCUGAGCUCGUCUUGUUUUGCACUUCCUGUUUGACGCCUUGAACUGUUUCUCAAGUUUAUAUUAUUUUAUAUUUGCCUUACAGAAUGCAAUGGACGUCAUGUUUAUGUUUGAGAUCGCUGAUAUUUGAUUUGUGAAUUUUUUCUGGUUUGCUUGUUGAAUAAAGAAAUUAAUAAAA